CCAGGCGUCAGCGUCUUCUGUUGUCCACAGGUCGUGUUUGAGAACAUGGACAAAUAUGGCUUGCUGCAGAGGGCUAAACUGCAUCUGGAUUUCAUCCACGCCAACUCCACAACUCACAGUUUCCUCUUUGGAGCACUGGCCGAGUUGCUGGACAAUGCCAGAGAUGCUGGGGCUGCGAGACUUGAUGUGUUUUCAGUGGAUAAUGAAACACUGCAGGGAGGAUUCAUGUUGUAUUUCCUGGAUGAUGGAUGUGGCAUGAGCCCUGAUGAAGCUCCAGACAUCAUUUACUUUGGAACAUCCAAGAAACGGUUAUCAACCUUGACGUUCAUUGGGCAAUAUGGCAACGGGCUUAAGAGUGGGUCCAUGAGGAUUGGCAAAGACUUCAUUCUUUUCACAAAGAAGGAAGAGACCAUGACCUGUCUGUUCUUCUCUCAGACUUUCUGUGAAAAAGAAGGUCUCACUGAGGUUGUAGUUCCAAUACCUUCGUGGUCAACAAGAACAAGAGAGAGUGUCGCAGAUGACCCGCAGAAGUUCUUCACAGAAUUGUCCAUCAUUUAUAAAUACUCCCCAUUUAAAACCGAAGCUGAAUUGAUGCAGCAAUUUGAUAUGAUCUAUGGGAGAUGUGGAACUUUGCUGGUUAUUUAUAACUUGAAGCUUCUGCUUAGUGGGGAACCAGAGCUGGAUGUUAAAACUGACAAAGAAGAUAUACUGAUGGCCGAGGCUUUGGAGGAACUUCCAGAGAGACGGUCUUUCAGAGCCUACACAGCUAUUCUGUAUUUUGAUCCUCGGAUGAGAAUAUUUAUUCAAGCCAAAAGAGUUCAGACAAAGCACCUAUAUUAUUCCCUUUACAAACCCAGAAAGUACCAGUAUGCUCCAUCUUCUUUCAAAGGGAAGUUUAAAACUGAAGUUAAGGAGGCAGAAGCAGCAAUAAAAAUGGCUGAACUCAGGUUUAAAGAACUGCAAGUCAAAGGAAACGAGCCCAACAGAAUGUCUUUGUCUUCCGCCAAGGAUGGAUUGCAGAGAGCUCGGGAAGAUGUGGAAGCAAAGCAUAAGAAUCUUCGAGAGAAACAGAGGGCAUUAAGGAAAGCAAGAACAAUCUCCCUGUUCUUUGGAGUGCACAGAGAAGACCAAAGGCAAGCUGGAAUGUUCAUUUACAGUAAUAACCGGUUGAUCAAAAUGCACGAGAAGGUUGGUCCCCAGCUCAAAAUGAAGUCCUUACUUGGAGCAGGUGUGAUUGGAAUUGUGAACAUACCCUUGGAGAUCAUGGAACCAUCCCAUAAUAAACAAGAAUUCCUCAAUGUCCAAGAAUACAGCCAUCUCCUAAAAGUCAUGGGACAGUACUUGGUCCAGUACUGUAAGGACACCGGUAUCAAUCUUUGUCUCAAAUGGAGAGUCCUGCCUUCCCCUUCCAAUUAUGAGGAAGAAUUCCCUGACAUGUGGAUUUGUGCUAAUAAUCCCAACAACCUGGAAAACAGCUGUAAUCAGCCCGAACACCUGCCUCCUAUCCCACUGGGCACCAUGAGCAGAAGACCGCCAUCAAAAGAUGAGAAAGAGAGGCAACUUCAAGAGUCAGUCCAAAGAUACCAGAACAGACUGGCAGAAGUACAGCCACAGACGCCUCAGUUUAUAGCACUGAGUAGAAUCCCUGAGUUCAAGCCCAUCUGCCUUUCUUCAGCACAGAAGGAAAAAUCCACGCUUGGGAGACUUGGGCCUUCAGUGGUAGACCUAAUUCAAGGCACUCCUCCUUCAUCUGUCCAGCAUUCGUCCAGCCAAAGAGGCCAAAAGAGAAGCCCAGAGGAUGCCGACUCGGACGUGGAGUUUGUCUGCAUGACUAAGAUUCAGAAGAGGUCUGUGAAGAGGAGAGUGAAACACCAGCAGCAGAGUCAUGUGCCCGCUCUGUCGGAAAACCUCAAGCUCAUGGAGGCAUCCCAGGUCUCUUCAUGGGAAACAAAGAAGAAGCAGAGUGAAAACCUUGUGCAGGAAUGCAAGGCAUCCCCUGAAGUUGAAACUAGCAGCAGAGAUCCAGCUGUAGUCCUGGUUUGGGAUGAAACAAGUACCAAGGUCUCAUUGAAACAAGAACGAACGGAAGUGCCUCUCCCAAAGACAGAAAAACAAGAGCUGUGUGAUGAUACUCUGGUGAUGAAAAGAAACCCUUCAGCCCUUAACUGGAAAAGGGGGCAAAUGGAAGAUUUAAGUGCACACUCUGGACACAAAGUCAGCUCCGUGAAUGGCAAUUGCCAGCUGUCUUCUCUGAUGCCUUCUCAAAGCACAUCUACCAAGGAAACAGCAAGAAAACUAAUGGCUAAUUUAAGGGAGAUUCUUCUAUAUUUCAUUCCUGAGUUUCAUCUGUCAUCAGAAUUUGAGUGCACAUCUAUGGAAGAACUCAUAACAAAUCCCGAGCUGGAGCAAAGCCCAGAGAGUACGAACGAAAAACUAAAAAUAUGUUUCAACAAGAUCCAGAAUAUCUAUAUGGUCCAAUAUGAGAGAAGACUCAAGAGAAAAAUGCAGUCCAUCAUCUAUGAGGCAAACAGAAGAGGGGUGCUUAAUGAAGUCUUUCUGGGGCAGUGUGAACAGAAAAGGAAAAGGACUGAGGAUAAACUCAACAACCUUCGCGCAAAACUGGCGUUGCUGCUGCAGAAACUUCAGCUGGGUGGUCCAGCGGGGGACCUCGAGCAGAUUGAUGCUUACUUAGAAGCUUUGCUUAAAGAAGAUCAUCUUCCAACCACUUUAAAUAGAAGGACUCUAGAGUCAGGGCAAGCGAAAGAUACAGAACAGUGAAAGGAUGUCUCAAAAGUCAGAAAAGGUGUUUCUUCUUAAAACUGCUAAUAAGAAAAUUGGAGAAUUCUUUUAGAAAGCAUUCCCUUUUUAUUGCCAUUGUAAAGUUUAGCUUAACUCUUAAGUUUUGUAUG